AUGCAAUUUCUCUCAAAAUUGGCCAUUCCGGACAGCAUUUUGUCUUCGGAUGUGUGGAACACAUUAGUGGCCAAUCGGGACAAAAUCCAGUUAAUUGUGGCCACAGUUUCGGCCACUUUGACAGCGCUCAAGAUCUACGAGCUCUACGACAAUGACCAGUUGACCAUAAAGUCUUUGAAAGAGAAGUCGUUUCGACUUAUGGUUCGUUUGCCGUAUUUGAAAGAAAUAGCGGCCAAACAGUUGGCAGAAGUGGACGACACUAUUUCACAUCAAAUCAGAAAAAUAUUUGAUAACUACUCUUAUAUCACAAAUUUGCCACUAAAUGGACUCAAUUCAGACAAUAUUGUGUCAAAACUGGAAGAAUACGCAGAGAUCGGCAAAAUUGAUUGGAGAAGAGGUCGCGCCUCAGGAACCGUCUAUUGUGACGCCAACACCAACUUAACGGAACUGAUGGUUCGGGUGUACGAGAAGACCGCGUACACCAAUCCAUUACAUCCGGACGUCUUUCCCGGCAUUAAUAAAAUGGAGGCCGAAAUCGUAAGAAUUGUGUGCAAUCUUUUUAACGGCGAUUCCGAGAGUUGCGGAACCCUUACCUGCGGCGGAACGGAGUCCAUAAUACUGGCCGUUAAGGCGAGUCGCGAUUACGGCCGGCAAACGAAAGGUAUCAGUCGUGCAGAAAUAGUGGCGCCGGUGACGGCUCACGCGGCCUUUCAAAAGGCCGCACAAUUGUUGAAUAUGAAGAUCAGAUUCAUAGCCGUCGAACCGGACUCUUAUAAAGUGAAUCUGAAGGCAAUGAAACGUGCAAUUAGUGGCAACACUGUCAUGUUGGUCGGCUCGGCCUGCAAUUACCCGCACGGUAUCAUCGAUGACAUCGAAGAAAUUGCCAAAUUAGGUCUCAAAUACUCGAUUCCGGUUCACGUGGACUGUUGUUUGGGUGGAUUUCUCGUGCCAUUUAUGAGAAGCGCCGGUUUCCCUAUUCCUGCGGUUGACUUUUCGGUCGCCGGUGUGACCAGUAUUUCGGCCGACACUCAUAAAUACGGUUACGCACCCAAAGGCUCGUCGGUUGUCAUGUAUGCGCAUAAGAAGUACCGCAAACACCAGUUUUCUGUGCAAACCGAUUGGCCCGGAGGUAUAUACGCCACUCCCACUCUGGCCGGCAGUCGUUGCGGCGCCAAUAUAGCCAACUGUUGGGCCACUCUUUUGCACUUUGGUUUUGAGGGUUACGUCGAGUCGACCAAAAAGAUAAUGAGAACUCAACGCUAUUUGAAGGCAGAGAUGUCCAAAUUGGACGGCGUUUACAUUAUGGGCGAUCCAAACAUGUCUGUCAUCGCCAUAAAGUCCGAUCGAUUCAACAUUUUUAGACUUAGCGACCGAAUGUCAGAACUGGGUUGGAGUUUAAAUCCUCUGCAAUACCCGUCAGCGGUGCACAUAUGCCUCACUUUAAUGCACGCACAGACCGGUGUCGCCGAUGCCUUCUUAGCGGACCUCAAGACCGUUAUUCAGGAAUGUCUGGAUUCGCCGACAGAAACCGGUGAUGGACUCGGAGUUAUCUACGGAAUGGCUCAGACGCUUCCCGACCGCUCUCUUGUCACUGAUAUCGCCUCCCAUUAUAUCGAUGGCAUUUACACCACUUGGACUAAAGACCAAUAA